CUGACUGGGCACGUCAGCUUCGCGGAUUGCGGCAUCUGCGGAUCCGAUGCGUGCCACGAUGCCGACUUGGUCAUUGUCCAGGUCAACCUGAAGCGGGCAAACAAUCGUCACCAGGACCUGUUGCACUACCUCAAGAUCUUACAGCCGCUUAUCGACAUCGUCGCCAUCCAGGACCCGCCACCCGAGUUUGGGAUCCGGAAGUCUGGCGACUAUGACGUCGUAUACCAUGUGUCUAGCAAGGUGCUCGACGACCAAUCCGGCGACCCUUUGGCGUCCUCUCGGUCGUGCGACGUGAAUCACGAGAUGCUUGUCCCAGCCGCAGUCGGAUUCUAUGUCCAUCGACGGCUUCGGGGGAGUUACGAGUGCUUUUGGUGGGAUGACGAUGUUCAAAAUCACGAGCAUGUCGUCACAUUAGGUCUCGAUACUGCUACUGGCAGAAGGAUCGAGAUUCACAACGUCUACAACCGUAACAACGCGGUCAAUUUCCAGACCCUCUUAUCACCUUCGACUUUGGACCCCCACUCCAUCCUCCUCGGCGACUUCAAUCUUCACCACCCCAACUGGGGAGGACCAGGCGUGACGGCUCCUGAGCCGGAUGCGAUCUACUUGAACGACGAAACCCAGCGUCACAACAUGCGCCUCACCACGCCCGUAGGCCUGCCGACCUUCCACCCCUCCAUGUACGACCUGGGCCGCUUUUUCACCAUCGACCUGUGCUGGGUCGGAGAAGGACUAGCUACUCUGGCUUCUCAAUCCAAGAUUCUCGACCAAGUCCGUGGCUUCGUAUCCGACCACCAUCCCAUCCAGACUGUCCUGCAUCUUCCCCCGAUCUAUGAUGACGGGGAAUGGCAGGACUGGCCGAGGGUGAACGUUAAGGCCUUUAACCGAACCUUGCGGCAACGUCUCAAUAAGCUUGGCUUUCCCACCUGUGAGACGACGGCGUGCGUUGAGCAAUACGCAAAAGACUUGGUCGGUGUCAUCGUCAAGACCAUAUCGGACCACGUUCCAGUUGUUACUCGAAACAGCAGCACCCGGAAGAGCGACCCGGCCGCUGAUAUCGAGGUUCAGCAAGCCUGCGAAGAGGAAGACCGAGCAGUGAGUGCCCUGUGGGACGCUUCGCCCGGCCCUGAAAGUCGUGAGUUGGCACGCGUGGUCCAAGACACCCAGUCCGUACGCAGGAAGGCCGAGCGUCAAGCAGGGAGCCGGAGCUACCGACGGCAUCUGGAUGGACGUGGUACUCGUGGCCGCCGUAUCUUUCGUAUCGCGAAGCGGGCAAUGACGUGGGGAAAGCACCGGCAAUCUCACUUGUUCCCGCGUCUGAAGAAUCCGGAUGGCACGGAGUCUGCAGACGUCAAGGAGAGCUUCAAGACCUACGCCCACCACAUGUGCGACGACAUCGAAUGGGAAGACGACGGCUACGAGCAUGGUGUGCCCCCCCUCGACGCCUCUUCGUUGCCUGACCGGCCGAAUCCGGAGUGCUCGUCACCUCAACGCUUGCUGGAAGGCGAGAUCGACCUGAUCAUGGACGCUCUGGGCUGCCGAAAGUCACCGGGCCCGGACAACGUCCACAACCGGGCGCUCAAAAUCGGACGGAAGAUCAUCCAACCGCACAUUGAACACCUCAUGAGAGCGAGCAUUCAGCAUUCCUACUACCCCCUCAUCUUUCGCAAAGGCAUCACCGUCCUUGUGCCGAAGCCGCGCAGAGAUGACUACUCGCUUCCCAGUAGUUGGCGCCCCAUCACACUCUUGUCUUCCAUCGGCAAGAUCAUGGAGAGAGUCAUUACCGACCGUCUCACUCAGCUCGCCGUCGCUCAUGGUUGCAUUCCGGAAACCCAGUUCGGACGGAAAGGCGCAAGCACAGUGGACGCCCUCGAGUACCUCUUGGACCCGGUCUACAAGGCGUGGUGCACGGACAAGCAGAGACGGAUUUAUUCGACUCUUCUCGGUCUCGACGUCAAGGGCGCUUACGACCACGUGGAUCGCAAGAAGCUCCUCGCCAAGCUCGUCGAAAUCGGCGUGCCCGAGUGGAUGAUCAAGUGGAUCGCGAGUUUCCUCAGCCGUCGUUCCGUCAAUUUUCGGGCCGGUUCCCAUUCCUCUGACACUGUCUGGCUCAAGGAGGGGGUUCCCCAGGGAAGCCCGCUUUCCCCCAUUCUCUUCAUUCUGUCGGCCGCCGAGAUCCUCGAGCUCGCUCGUUCCGAUGACCCCAGCGCCGCCUCCAUCUCUUUCGCAUACUCGGACGACAUCGACAUCCUGGUCCAGUCCAAGAGCUGGCAGAAGAACUGCGACGUUUUGGUCCGGAUCCACGAGACCAUUAACACCUGGUCCAGGCCGAGGGGCAUUCACUUCGACCCCUCGAAGUACGCGGUCAUGCACUUCCGCAUCCGCGGCUCCCAAGACCCGCGGUGUACCCUGCUCCCCCAGAUCCCAGGUCUGCCUGCCGAUUGCCUCAAACGCCAGAUGCGCGUGUUGGGUGUCAAGGUCGACGAUGAACUCACCUGGAAGUACCAUGUAGUCGAUAUCGUCUCGAAUGUCAUGACGAAGCUUCACUCAUAUCGUCGACUGUCGGGCCCCACUUGGGGUGCGAAGGUGGACAAGACGAAGCGACUUUAUGUCACCAGCCUUCGUUCGAUGAUCUCGUACGCCUGUCCGGUCUGGUACGUUCGGCCUGAGGAUUGCCGCUGGAGGUUUCAAGCGACGUUGAUGAAGCUCCUCGAAAGGCUGGAAUACCAGUGCUUGUUGUGGGUUUCCGGCGCUAUGCGCGGGACUCCUGCUAUGGUUCUGCUCAAGGAACUCCAGAUCGAACCGAUUUCUGUGCAUCUCCAGAAGCUCGCCAUGCGACACCGCGUUCGCAAAGUCGACACGCCGGCGGCGAAGGCUCUUGAGGCGGUGCGAUACAGUGUCUUCCCCGGCAGGACGGUUCCUCCGAACGUGAAGCUUCAUCCGUUCGAAGUUGCCUACAACUUCGCGAAGAACACUGUCGCCGACGUGCGCAAGAGAUCGGGCGUGGAUGACGCCACUUGGCUGCGAGAGCGGCGGGAUCGCAUCGUGGAGUUUGUGGACGAUCUUGCCAAGCAGGAGACUGUGAAGCUUUGGCAGAAGUAUCAGAGGACCCGUGGUCUUUUUACGAACGAGCCGACUCUCCGGCGGACCAAGCCUGCGGUGGUGGAAGACUGGGACAAGUCAACCUUCCUCAGGUGUAUCAAGGACGUAUCUCGGGCGAAGAGUACCAUGCUCAUCCAACUUCGGUCAGGGCGCAUUUCCCUGAGGGCCUACCAGGCGAGUAUCGAUAGCCGAAUUCCCGCAGGAUGCGAUUGCGGUUCUACGCGCCUGCAGACGGCCGAGCACAUGUUGUGUCACUGCCCCAAGCUCCAGGAGCUCCGAAACGAACGAAUGUCUCAACUGAGACACAACAACUUCUACUGCAUGCUCUCCAAACCCGAAGAUGCGUCGAUUGCGACCGAGUGGGCGAUCCUGUACUUGGACAUCGAACAAUUUGACCGUCCCCGGGCGGAAUUGGAGGAGGCGAAGAGGAAGCAGAAGGCGCGUUCGGAAUGA